CGUGUUGCCACAGACAACCAGCUAGCAACAGCGCAGGCGCGGACAGAACACGCAGUAACAACGCACCCAGGGACACCUAACAAGACAAACAAACGCCUCUUUUGAGGAUUCUGGAGAAUGGCAGUGAAUGUGUACUCCACAUCUAUGACCAUAGAGAACCUGAGCAGACAUGACAUGCUCGCUUGGGUCAACGAUUCUCUGCAGCUCAGCUACACAAAAAUAGAGCAGCUCUGCUCAGGUGCAGCAUAUUGCCAGUUUAUGGACAUGCUGUUCCCCGGGUGUAUUCUUCUGAAGAAAGUGAAGUUCCAGGCCAAAUUGGAGCAUGAGUACAUCCACAACUUCAAAGUGCUACAAGCAGCCUUCAAGAGAAUGAAUGUAGACAAGAUCAUCCCGGUUGAAAAGCUGGUGAAAGGAAAGUUCCAGGAUAACUUCGAGUUUGUUCAGUGGUUUAAAAAAUUAUUUGACGCAAACUACGACGGGAAAGAGUACGACCCUCAAGCAGCACGACAAGGCCAGGAAGUCACGCCUACACCCAACCCAGGACCACAGAGGACGUCACCAACAGUACCCAAAAACAUGCCAACCCCUCAGCGGCCUAUCAGCUCUACCCUGACAAAUGUAAAACGGGGCACACAUGUGUUACGGAAUGGCGGAAGUGAUGCAGAGCUUCUGGAACUCAACCAGCAGCUGAUGGACCUGAAGGUGACAGUACAUGGCCUGGAGAAGGAGAGGGACUUUUACUUUGGCAAACUACGUGAUAUCGAACUCAUCUGCCAGGAACACGAGAGCGAAAACAACCCAGUUCUUGCAAAGAUUGUCGACAUCCUCUAUGCUACUGAGGAUGGUUUUGCUCCUCCAGAGGAUGAUGAAAUUGACGAACAGCCACAAGUCCAGGAUGAAUACUAAAUAGUAAAAACGUAUACAUCUACUCUGCUUCUUAUCUCUUUUCUUCUCCUCCUCUGCCCUCAAUCAUCCUCACUUUGACCUUUUUAUCUUUUGAUGAUCUUGAUUUUUUUUCCUUUCAUUUACUCACUCUGAGUAUGACUCUUUUUGGUCCAUUUCCUUCGAAAGAACCAGCAGGUGACUUACAUCAUAGCCUUUAACCCAUGGGUGUGGUGUGGUGAAUUGAUUGAGUGGCUAAAAAUAGUUUUUGCUUAUGUAAUUGGUUUUAAAUACCAUUUGUACUUAAUGGUAGAGUUCAGUUUUUAUCCAUGCUAUACCACUGGCCAUGAAUAUUCUUUUGAUUCUAAAAUGUCUUCAUUGUAUAGAGCAUUGCUACUCAAAGUGAUUUUUAUAACACUUUAACAUGUACACCAGAACAUUUAUGGUAACAUAUCUAAAACAUCUAAGUCAGAACACUAGGAGAAAGUAAGAAUUUCCUACUUGGAUAUUGUGUACUAAUGCAAAGCAAACCAUUUUAAUAGACAGCAGGAUAUAAACUAGACCACAGCUUCAUCAGACUAUGAAAUAGAUGAAUAAAGUGCAACCACAUAAACACUCAACGUAAUCUUCUACUACUACUACUACUAGCACUACUACUGUACCUGGCUGUUUUAAAACAUUUCCUAAAGAUCUGCUGUUUGUUUUUUAAUGGCUGCUUCAUCUGAUCGCAAAAUGUCCACAUGGUUUGCAUUUUGCAUCUGUGAUUUAAAUUCUUUUGGUUUUAUUGAGGGUGUUUCUACUAUAGACCCGUUGUGCAUGACCUCACGCCUCAUGUGAUUUAAUUUCUCCUGGGGGACAACCAGACACCGUCUUUCCUGUAAGCAAGGCUUAAUCUGUUUUUAAAUGGGGUUCAUUUUUGCACUGUUUUUUGUUGUUCAAAUAGAGAAAAAGAUUUAAAGAUAUUAUCGUCUCUCUGGAAUUUUGUCUUGAACUUCUGAUUUGGGCUUAGGAACUUGGCUUGGGCAUUUCUGUAGAAAGGAAAAAUCUCUGAUCCGGGAAUAGUUGUUGGGUUUGUUUGUUUUUUUUCCCCCCCACAGCAGUAGGAAGAACUCAGUAGGCCUUUUUAUCUGUAACUCUCAGUGAAUCCCUUUGUUUCACUCUAGCUUCGAGCCCACAACAACGAUGCUAUGUGAGAACCGCUCUCUCCAAGGUCUGCCCUACAGUCGCAAUGUGCGGCCACAAUCUUGCCAUUUUCUUCACUGACAGUCUACAGAGUUAAAGGUUUUUGGUCAUUCUUUGCGAGUAAUUAACGUAGAAUAGAAUAUAGGUUGUAUUCAGUCAUGUGACUUUUGCUUGCGAGUUUACUUCAGUGAAUGAAGUGGUGGUCAGGCAAACCGAUUUGGCUGCCGUUAUGCAGAGAGCUAGUGAAACAGUCUCCGAAUAUUUUUGCAGUUUAGAAGCCAAUCCACAGUCAAGAUACACUAUAUUGCCAAAAGUAUUUGCUCACCCAUCCAAAUUAUCGGAAUCAGGUGUUCCAAUCACUUCCAUGGCCACAGGUGUAUAAAAUCAAGCACCUAGGCAUGCAGACUGUUUUUACAGUUUGGAUCUGGCCCCUUCCUCUUCCAACAUGACUGUGCCCCAGUGCACAAAGCAAGGUCCAUAAAGACAUGGAUGACAGAGUCUGGUGUGGAUGAACUUGACUGGCCUGCACAGAGUCCUGACCUCAAUCCGAUAGAACACCUUUGGGAUGAAUUAGAGCAGAGACUGAGAGCCAGGCCUUCUCGUCCAACAUCAGUGUGUGACCUCACAAAUGUGCUUCUGGAAGAAUGGUCAAAAAUUCCCAUAAACACACUCCUAAACCUUGUGGACAGCCUUCCCAGAAGAGUUGAAGCUGUUCUAGCUGCAAAGGGUGGACCGACGUCAUAUUGAACCCUAUGGAUUAGGAAUGGGAUGUCACUUAAGCUCAUGUGAGUCAAGGCAGGUGAGCAAAUACUUUUGGCAAUAUAGUGUACCUUCAGAAAGUUGCUCUUUGUGAUGGGAUAGAUCCUUACACGCUAGUAAAGAAGAAUUUUUCCUAUGAGUUGGAAAAUUAUCCAUCCGUUGAGUUCCCUGACAUCUCAGACUACCUGGUGCUGCAGACAUCGUUCUACACGGACACACACAUGAAAACCUGGAAGAGCAUGGAGACAUACAAUAUUUUUUUAUAUAUGUGGCUGGGUUAAAGAUCUGGAGAUCAGGACACUACAAGAUACAGGAUUUAUCAUUUUUGCCUGGGUAAGUAGCCUUUUGGGGCUUUUUGUAUGUGUCUUUGCGGUGGUUGCUAAGACGCUACAAGUUUUAGUAUUGGGUGUAAACAAACCACAGCCACUUGCUUCUCAGUCCUCCCUGCUCUUCUCUUUCAGCAAAUGAUGAGGUUUUUUGUAUAUUAAAAGAGAAAAUGGAGUGAGAAGGUACAUUCCAACAUCUGUGUAGGUAACACUAGGUCACAAAUCUACAUAAUUUCUCCAGUCGUUUUGAGGAAUUUUGUAUGGAUCAUAACCACUAAAAAAACCUCUAAUUUCUGCGUAUAUCUAUCCUUUGCUUCUUUCUGACUAAGAUUAUCCAAUAAUACAGUCAUAAAGCUUUUUUUAGCUGUAGUUUUCUUUGAACUACAGACAUCUGACAUCUUCAGUAUUGCUUGUCUUCAAUAUGUAAACAAAGUUUGCUUGUCCCCCAGGACAAGUGUAGCAACGGUUACUAAUCUAAGUGUGACAUCAGUGCAAGGGGUCUAUACAGGAACCAAUUUAAAUGUGUGAAAAAGAACCAGUGAUCAGAGACCCCUUAUAAAUUUUACAGUUGUGUGAACAAACCUGGAUUCUAGCUAUGUUUCUUCCCAUGCCUUCUCAAAUGAAAUGGGUUUAGCAUCGCAACAUGCAAGCAUCAACACUACUGAAGCAAGAUGAGUGCAUGAAGAAUUAAAACAGGAAGCUGAUCAUUCACAUCCAAGUAAAUAUAUUUUGGUAGCCUGGGAAAAUAAAAGCUAUGUUCUCUCUGAUGAUUGAGUUAGAAUUUAGUGUCUGCAUUUUGCAGCUGUAGGAAUCUAAGAUUUAUUUAUUUAUUAAAGAUGGCUAUUAAAUGAGAUGCUAAAACCAAUCAUAACAACUUGGGUUUCAUUUUAAAAAUUAAUAUUAGAAUAAAAACAUGCCAACGUGAGCGGUGGUUAUUUGUUACUGACUGAAUUCUAAAACUGAGUUUUUAGCUAUUAUGUCAGUGUUGUAUUUUUUUUUUUCAUGUUUCACAUGCAUUGUUGCCAUGAAGGUUGAUUUUGAUUGACAGGAUCUGUCUGUAACUCGUUAAUUUUGUCCCUCACUUAUUUGGAGUUUUACUAUGUAAAAUAAAGUGUAUUCUGACGAUGAAAAA